CCUCUGUGUGCUGGGUUCCAGUGAUUCUCCUUCGUGAGCCUCCUAAGUAGCUGUUAUUACAGGUGUACACCACCACAGCCAGCUAACUUUUAUAUUUUUAGUAGAGACUUUUAUAUUUCACCACAUUGGGCAGGCUUGUUUAAAACUCCUGAUCACAUUUGAUCCACCAGCCUCAUCCUCCCAGAGUGCUGCAAUUACAGGCAUGAGCCACCUCACCCAGCUUUACCACACUCUUGAACACCAGUGACUAACACAUUCGCUCUUUGGAUAUUGUCCCAUAAGUCCUAUGAAGUUUCUUUAUUUCUUUUUUUCCUCUGACUGUAUAUUUCAAUGAACCUGUCCUUGAGUUUUUCUGCUUGACCACUUCUGCUGUCAGUGCUCUCCACUGCAUUUUUAUUUUGUUGUGGUUUUAUCUUCAAGGUUUUUGUUAGUAUUUUUCUCGCAUUAUAUUAUCUCCCUGUCAAGUUUCUCUGAUAAAUGUCUGAAUCAUUUGUGUUUUCCUGAAGUCUACAACAUUGUCUUAAAAUAACUAUUUUGAAUUUUUUGUCAGGCCAUGUAUCUAUGCCAGUCUCUUUUGUGUCAGUCACCACUGGCACCUGAUUUUGACCACUUGGUGCCAUCAUGUAUCUCUGAUAAAUCCUGAUCCUUGUGACUAUGCAUUGAUGUCUGUACAGUGAUGUAGGUGCCUGAUUCAAUGUUCACAGUUUGGCUAUUUUUGGAAAUAAGCCUUUCCAAAAAUUCAGGGCAAGAAGAAAGAAAUUAAGGUCUUUAAGUUUAUGAUAGCUUCAGCCCUGGUAGCACUAGGGGGAACCUUGAUGUCCAGACAUUGAUUGCUGAAGUAAUUUCGUCACCAAAGCUGACUCCAUACUGACUUGAACACUGGGAGCACUCAAGUACAGGUUGCACCUGUAGCCCAUGGUUGAACACUGGGAGCACUCAAGGCCUGCAGCUGCCAUGGUCUGCCCUCCCAGAUUUAUUCAGGCCUCAGGUCACUUUAGUCAAUCAGUAAAACUAUUGACUGGAACUGGAGUACAUUUUGCUGAGGCCAGUUUCUCAUCUGUUGCUGUGAUGGGUCUGGAAGCUUGCCCCUUGGUAUCAACCUCCCAAAGUGUUGGGGUGAGAAGACAGGCAAAUAUCAGUCCCAAGACAAAGUCCUAUGCUUACUUCCUGGGAUCAAGAAUCCUCCCAGCUCAGUCUACUGAAUAACUGGGACUAGAGUCAUGUGCCACCAUGCCUGGCUAAAUUUUGUAGCAACAGGUUUAUACCAUGUUUCCCAGGUCAGUCUUGAACUCCUGGGCUUGAGUGAUCCACUCACCUCAACCUACUAAUGUGUUAGGAUUAUAGGUAUGAGUCACCACAUCUGGUCAACUUUACUUUCUAAAAUUUAAAUUUUAGGUUACUUAUUUUUAUUGUCUUAUUUCUCAUAAACGAAAUUUAGGAUGCUAAUGAUUUAGAGUUUCACUUUGAGUUUUCCUUAAGGAAUAAAUGGAGUGUUGAUGCUCAUUUUCUAAAUCGUCUUAGAAAAUGAAAAAGUAAUUUGGAUGAGAAAUGACAACUUGACCACUUUUUGUUUUCUGGCUUCAUUUCAUUGUGUAUGAAGAGUGUAUUUUUUUUAGCCUGCAUGUAUAUGUGCAAUGAGUUUUUACUCUUUCAACCGAAUACAGUACAAAAUUGUUUAAACACACUAUGCAACUACUUCAUAACUUAGGCUUUCUUCCAUGUGCUUAUUUGUCUAAUUAUUAAAAGAACAAUGUUGAAAUUAAAUUAAUUUUGCUCAUGAAGAAUUUUCUGAUAAAAUUACAUUAAUAGACACAAACACACAUAUGCACACACUGCUUAAUUUCUAGAACUUAGAUUUUCUGUUUCUCUAGUAUCUUGUAUUCUAUCACUCAGCAAAAUCUGUCAGCUUCACUUCCAGGAUUUACUUUAACUCCACAGCUUAUUUCUUGUUUCCUAUUAUUACCAUAGUCUAAAACACAGUUCAUGUUACAUUGGCCGCUACUUUACACUCUAACUUGCUAUUUUACACUCUUAACUUUCUAUGAAGACUAACUUUUCAAUGUCUAAUUCAGGUAAUUUUAUUAUUUUUUAAUUGAGACUGCUUUCUAUGUGCUAUAGCAUCUUAUAGCAUCAGAUCUGAAUGUCUCUCUCAUAUUUCAUCUUUGCCAGUCUUCCCUUUGAGGGAAUGUGUAUAUACCUGUAGAAAUGUAGGUAUGCAUGUAUUUGUGUAUUUGUUUUUCCAAGGUGCAUGUAUGUAUUGCAUACAUAAAUAUUCCUGGUAUUAAAAGAUUAACAAAGCUUUUAUUAUUAUUAUUAUUAUUUUGUAAGUAAAUUAUUUUCUAAAGGAGUUGAGUGGGGGAUAAAUAGAUCUUAAAACUGCAAGGUUAGAAGAGAAAGUGAACAUUACUAACAAAAAAUAUUUUCUAACAUUUUUAUGUUUAUCUUUAAUAGCCUUGCUGAUGACAUGUUGCCUGUUAUCAGGUGCUUAGGGGCAAUUCUC